GGUUGGGCUCACCAAGUCAUUGAACAAACAGUCGUCAAGCUUCCGUUUCCUAGUAAUCAACGUUAGGCGGAGUCGACUUUUCGUUCUUCCCCAAUCGAUGCGAAAUUGCCGGACAGGGAAACCCUAGAUCCCUAAUUCGACGACCGGCGAGCCAUCCGGAUUUCCGAUUGCUCCGACAAGAAACCGCCUCGACGGAUGCCGGACGCCGUCGCCGUGAAGCAGGAGAAGGACCUUGCUUUGUCGCCGACGAGCUCCCGGUCGGUGACAGAGACUGUGAAUGGGUCGCACAAAUUCGUGAUCCAGGGCUACUCCCUCGCCAAGGGCAUGGGUGUCGGCAAGCACAUCGCCAGCGAGACCUUCACCAUCGGGGGGUUCCAGUGGGCCAUCUAUUUCUACCCCGACGGGAAGAACCCGGAAGACAACUCCCUCUAUGUGUCCGUGUUCAUUGCCUUGGCCAGCGAGGGCACCGACGUGAGGGCUCUCUUCGAGCUUACCCUCCUCGAUCAGAGCGGCAAGGGGAAGCACAAGGUCCAUAGCCACUUCGACCGCUCGCUGGAGAGUGGCCCAUAUACGCUCAAAUACCGUGGAAGCAUGUGGGGCUAUAAGCGCUUUUUCCGGCGGGUUGCUCUUGAAACAUCGGACUACUUAAAGGACGAUUGUUUGAAAAUCAAUUGCACUGUCGGUGUUGUGGUGUCUAUAGUGGAUGCACCUCGAUUACACUACAUACAUGUACCAGAUUCUGAUAUAGGAAUUCAUUUUGGCGCACUUCUUGAUAAUCAACAAGGUUCUGACGUUGUCUUUGAUGUUUGUGGGGCAAAAUUUCAUGCACAUAAACUGGUAUUAGCUGCUCGGUCUCCAGUAUUUCAUGCUCAAUUUUUUGAUGACCCAGCUGGUCAGAGCGGUGAUGUUGUUAUUGCAGGCAUGGAACCUAGGGUUUUCGAGGCAAUGCUACAUUUUAUCUACAGAGAUAUUUUAAUACAGGAUGAUGCAAUGACUACGUCAAGUUCACCUGAAUAUUCUGCACCGAACACACUCUGUUCAAAGUUGAUAGCUGCAGCAGAUAAGUAUGGCUUGGAGAGACUUCGACUAUUGUGUGAAGCUCAUCUAUGCAAGGAUAUAUCUGUAGACUCAGUUGCCAGCAUACUGUCAUUGGCUGAUAGUUAUCAUGCCAAGGAACUUAAAUCAGCUUGUCUUAAAUUUGCUGCAGAAAAUCUUGGAGCUGUGAUGUGCUCAAAUGGAUUUGAGCAUCUCAAAGAAAAUUGCCCGUCAUUGCAGUCGGAGCUCCUAAAGAUAAUCGCAGGCUGUGAAGAAGAAUGCAGCAGCGGUGGAAAGAGCCGGAGUGUUUGGGCGCAGCUCUCUGACGGCGGGGACGGCGACUCCAAUGGUCGGAGAGUAAGGCCUCGCCUAUGACACUUGCAAAAUAAAUGUCAAGCAGGUGAAAAGAUUUGUACAAAAUGCAGUGUGACCAGUGCUUGAGAAUUGAUUUCUACAGCCGUGUAUUGUCGCAGGCUUUUGGCACGCAUAUACAUUUAACUGUUUGUACAAAGACAAAGGCAACUUGCACUUCGAACGUUAGUAAUGAUGUCGUUUUGAUGAAACAAUGACUUGCAACAUUUUGAUUUCGAACUAAUAUUUGAUUUGUCCUCUA